CGGGCCUAUUGUUGAUGUUUACGUUCCUCUCGACUUCUACACUCGUCGUCCCAGAGGAUUUGCCUAUGUUCAAUAUCCUUUCUUCAGAUGGCUCAUUAGUGAGGGGUGUUGAAGUUUGAGAUUCAAGUUUGUGUAAGAGAAUGUAAAGCUGUACAGUAAUGGCGACCCCAAAGAGAAAGCAUGAAAGAACCUUUAGAGUAGAGUUCAACAAUUAAGGCAAGUAGACAAGCCAAAGACCUCUUAAGGAUCAGGCUUGAAGAGAAGGGAGAGUUUGGGAAAAGAAAAAAUAAAGAAAAGCUGGAAGAAGGACAAGCCAUAAUGGGAGACAAAGCUUCGCUUUAUCUGCAAAAGGGGGAAAAGGUUGUUUUUCAAAGUUAAAGAUAAAGCCAUCUGUCAUUUUUGGCCAAGCAUCUCAUGACAAGUCCUUCUGACAAGCACUUAAAGAGUUAAAGGUCAAGAUGAAGUUGAAUGGUGGCCAAGAUUAAAGGAGUCAUACCUGAUGUAUCCUACAGAAUAACAGUUUUUCUUCUGUCUGUCAUUACCUUAACACUGCCCACAUUUGAAGAUGUCCGUGAUGCAGAAGAUGCUCUCCAUAAUCUGGAUCGAAAGUGGAUUUGUGGUCGGCAGAUAGAAAUCCAGUUUGCACAGGGGGACCGCAAGACACCAAACCAAAUGAAAGCCAAGGAAGGGAGAAACCUGUACAGUUCCUCUCGUUACGAUGACUAUGACAGAUACAGGCGCUCUCGGAGUCGCAGCUAUGAGCGCAGACGGUCGAGGAGUCGCUCCUUUGAUUACAGCUAUAGAAGAUCCUAUAGUCCCAGAAACAGUAGACCUACUGGAAGACCUCGUCGUAGCAGAAGCCAUUCGGACAAUGAUAGGUUCAAACACCGCAAUCGAUCUUUUUCAAGAUCUAAGUCCAAUUCAAGAUCACGAUCCAAGUCACAGCCCAAGAAAGAAAUGAAGGCUAAAUCACGGUCUAGGUCUGCAUCUCACACCAAAUCUAGAGGCACCUCUAAAACAGAUUCUAAAACACACUAUAAGUCCAGCUCAAGAUAUGAGAAGGAGUCGAGAAAAAAAGAACCAGCUAGAUCCAAAUCACAGUCAAGAUCACAUUCUAGAUCUAGGUCAAAAUCCAGAUCGAGGUCUUGGACUAGUCCCAAGUCCAGUGGCCACUAACAGUGUGUCCAUGUUGCUUUAGGCAUGUAAGAUUCAUUUACACACAGUUCAGUUUACUUAAAUUAUCAGGAAUAUGAUGUUGCAACAGUGCUAAAAAAUAUUUUCUUUGUCAGUUUUCCCUGUAGCCGACAAUGGUUGAAAUUAAAACAGUGUUGAGAAGCCACAGAGAGAGAGAGGGAGAGAGAUUGUCCACUUGGUUAAAUGUCAUGGGCAGCUACUGAUUUGGUUGUGGUGUCUCUAUGUAUAUUUUUGUAAAGAUUUGCAUUUUUAAUGCUUAGAUAUUUGGUGAUGACUUGAUUGAUCGUAACUUGCAACAUUGUCCUUUUACAAAUGUCACACCCACAGAGAAAUCGCUACCAGUUUGUGCUGGGCAGUUGAACCAGCUGUUGAACUGGUUCUUCAACUCUAUAAACUUUGUGAGGAGAAAAGGAAAACUGGACAGCUGUAGUGCAACACUGGCUGCUGGGAAACCAGCCCGGCAGUUUGUUUCCAUGGCUCCAGGGCAGGUUUCCGUGUUCUCCGUGCCCACCAGCAGCAGCAGGUUGGCAGGUGGAGCUGGAGGGAGAUUUGGGAGAUUUCUCUUCAGCCUGCUGUCUGGAGGGAUGGUACUAACCUUGCAUGUACGACAUGGGCAGAGAGCUGCUCCUGGAGCUCGCUCAGAGCCCGUGCAGUGCUGUGACCCCUCGGGAUGGAGGCUUCACUGCCUCUGCCCUGGCUGCUGGUGCUGAAAGUGAGGGAAAAACCCACCUUGAAACGGAAAAUCUAAAUUCAGAUUUCAGCAAACGGCAGAGCAACUAAAUAUUAGGUUGUGUGUACAUUUUAUGCAGUUUUUUGUAUCUAUUCUCAAUUUUAGCAGUUAACCAUAAAGUUGCUUAGUUUUCCUGCUGUUAGAUACAAGUAGAUCGUUUCGAGUUGUGUGUGUACAGUAUAUAAGAACUAAACUUUUAUGCCAAUGACUCCUGUGGUUAGUUGGUGUAUUCAUAGGUAUCAACCUGUAGCCAUCUCCCUGGGUUACCAGGCUUGCUUGCUUUUUACACAGCAAAAAAAGCAGUUGGUCAAGCAAGUCUGACUCACUCCUUCCUCAGAACGGAUAGUGGUUUGGUUAAAAGAUUUCAUUUUCCUUCAGAACAAAUGUUUGAAGUUGGAUACGAACAAGAGCUGCAUCUCUAGUUAUGUAGUUUAUCACUAAUAGAGUCUAUUUAGAAAAUUGAACGUGGGAAAUAACAAACCCAGUGUGUAAUCUUACCAGUAUUUCUCUAGAAGGCAAGAUCCUUUGUCAUGGAAAUGGCUUUUGGCAUUGGUUUUAUUUUUCUCUUUACCUUCAAAAGCCACCAUCAAACACUGAAACCUUGCUGUCUGAUGUCUGUAGCAUACAAAGACAUUGAUUUCCAAAAGUUCCUUUUUAGAGAAAUGUUUGAGGGUUUGGCUUUAGAGUUUCAGCAGGGCCUUUAAAGAAGCGCAGAUGGCUUUGGGAUCUCGUCAGCGGAACGUGCUUAGGGGUUGAUCCUAGAACCUUUGUACAUUUAAUAGUAUUUCUAACUUUUUCUUUACUGUUUGCAGUUAAUGUUCAUGUUCUGCUAUGCAAUCAUUUAUAUGCACGUUCCUUUAAUUUUGUAGACUUUCCUGGAUGUAUAGUUUAAAAACAGCAAAAAGUCUAUUUAAAACUGUAGCAGUAGCGUGCAGCUCUAGCAGAGGAAAGUUGUGGGAUUAAACUUUGUAUUUCCUUUCUUAUAGAGGCUUCUAAAAAGGUAUUUUUAUAUGUUCUUUUUAACAAAUAUUGUGUACUACCUUUAAAACAUCGAUGUUUUGAUCAAAAUAACGAAAGACCCAGCUUAUUUUCUGCUUGCUGUAAAUUUAGCAAACAUGCUGUAAUAAAAAAAUGAAGGAAA